AUGUCGAGGCUGCGGGCGCUCUGGCAAGCUUCCGUGAACGCUACCAAGCGAGCUGUUGUAUGGAAUUCAGAAGAUUUAUUUCCACCAAGUGAAAGAUACAUCUUCAAUUUCAAUUCAAAAGAUGAGGUGAAGAAGUGGCACUUGUACUCGGAUUCAGAGUAUGGAGGUUUAUCAUCUGCAUCACUGGAGAUAACUGAUGGUGUUUCUGGUGGAGAUACUUCAUCAACUGGUGUCUUUUCUGGCAACCUCUCCUUGGAUAUGUCCGAGGGAUCACCAUGGAGGAUCAGGCGGAGUGGUUUCUGCGGAAUGCGAUCAAAGAAGUUUGAUGGUUACAUCGAUCUUGAUUCAUAUGAUACGAUAGCAAUGAAGCUCAGAGGGGAUGGAAGAACCUACAUAUCUACUAUAUACACAGAGAACUGGGUGAAUUCACCUGGACAAGAGGAAGAUAACUCGUGGCAGGCUUUCGUGUACGUGCCUCAUGGUAGCUGGCGAAUCCUGAAGAUCCCUCUCGAUAGCUACUUACCUACAUGGAAAGGAAACGUGAUCGAAGCGAACAUGGAAAUGAAUCCUUCUCGCGUCGUGGGAAUGUCUCUCUCGUUAAAUGCAGAAGGCGGCAUUCCUGGUGCUAAGACUGGGCCAGGAGAUUUUAGAUUAGACGUUGAUUGGAUCAAGGCGAUGAGGGCACUGUGA